AUGGCCAUCGCAGCGACUCUGGUAGCCUUACAGGGCCAAGCGAUACAGCAUCCAUGGCAGUCCCUGGGAUUAGCGGCCUUCAUCUUGCCGCUGAUCUAUGUGAUUCUCAACGAGUUUACUCGCGCCUCGGCGCGCAUCAAGGGCCUUACGGGACCUACCGGCCUGCCACUGAUUGGCAACCUGGCCCAGAUUAGGGUCAACGCUGCUGAGCAAUACCGCCUUUGGGCCAAGCAGUUUGGCGCUGUAUACCAGAUUCAACUAGGCAAUAUCCCCAUCGUGGUGGUGAACUCGGCAGCAGCAGCAAAAGUACUCUUCGGUCAGAAUGCCCAGGCGUUGAGCUCUCGGCCCGAAUUCUAUACUUUCCACAAGGUCGAGCGUCAGUAUAGGGCUAAUUUUGAGAAGAUCGUCUCCAAUACCGCGGGGACGACCAUCGGUACCUCGCCGUAUAGCGAGUCACUGAAGCGCCGCCGAAAGGGCGCGGCGUCUGCGCUGAACCGACCAUCGGUCGAUUCGUAUGUACCUCAUCUGGAAACGGAAACUAAGGCCUUUGUGGAAGAGCUAUACCGAUACGGCAAGGCCGGCAAUACCCCUGUCGACCCGAUGCCCAUGAUCCAGCGACUCAGUCUCAGCCUAGCAUUGACUCUUAACUGGGGCGUCCGUGUCGCAUCGCAGGAGGAAGACCUCUUCAAUGAGAUCACCCAUGUUGAGGAGGAGAUCAGCAAGUUUCGAAGCACCACGGGCAACUUGCAGGAUUAUAUUCCCCUCCUACGUUUGAACCCGCUCAACUCCAAUACGAAGAGAGCUGCGGAAAUGCGGGCGCGCCGUGACAAAUACUUGGGAGCUUUGAACCGGGAUCUGGAUGAGCGAAUGGAGAAAGGAACCCAUAAGCCAUGUAUCCAGGCCAACGUGAUCUUGGAUAAGGAGGCAAAACUGAACAGCGAAGAGCUCACGUCCAUCAGCUUGACGAUGCUUUCUGGUGGCUUAGACACUGUCACCACCUUGGUCGCUUGGAGCAUCGGGCUGCUCUCCACACGGCCGGACGUGCAGAAAAAGGCAGCUCAAGCCAUAUCGGAGAUGUACGGCGCAAACGAGCCUAUGUGUUCAGCUGAAGAUGAUCAGAAAUGCGCCUAUGUUGCAGCAUUAGUUCGGGAAUCGCUACCCCGAACUUCAAUUCGCGAGAUCACAUAUGAAGGCGUCGUCAUUCCCAAGGGUACGGUGAUCUUCUUGAAUGCUUGGGCUUGUAACAUGGGUGAGAUCUAUCACACGGUGCUACCCAAGGCCGCUAACAAUUGCUUAGAUCCAGACAUCUGGACCGACCCAGAGGAAUUCCGGCCAGAGCGGUGGCUGGAGCAGCCAGACGCCCCGCUGUUCACAUACGGCAUAGGUUACCGAAUGUGUGCAGGCUCCCUACUCGCCAAUCGCGAGCUUUAUCUAGUGUUCAUGCGAACGCUGAACAGCUUUCACAUCGAACCGUAUGAGGACAUGGACUGGCAUCCUGUUCGGGGUAACUCGGAUCCAACCAGUCUAGUGGCCAUCCCACAAAGGUACAAAGCUCGAUUCGUGCCCAAGGAUGCGGCCGCGUUGAAGCAGGCGCUGAGACAAUAA